AUCGAUGUGUCGAGUCAUUGUUUUGUUUUGGUUCCUGAUAAACUCCUAAAAUUUGAGCAACAUGAGUUUUCUGUUUAUACUUAGUUGGAUUUCAUUAGCUAUACAAAUCACCUUCAUAACACUGUGUAUAGUGGCUGGCCUCUACUAUCUGGCCGAGCUGGCAGAGGAGUAUACAACGCCAGCUCGACGUUGUAUACUAUUUAUGAUUAGUUUCACAAUAUUUGUAUACCUUCUCCUGAUAUGCUUUGAGGACUUUUCAUGGACCAUGAUGCUGUGUGGAUUAGUAGCGCAAGGCUUCCAUUUCAGUAUAAUGAAUAAUUUUCCCUUCAUACAAUUGCUUUCGGUGCCCUUGAUUGGAUCCGUGGCAAUGCUGGUGAUAAAUCAUGUGCUCGCAUUUCAAUAUUUCACUAGCGUCUAUGUACCGUUCACACAGGUACUUGCCUACUUUACCAUCUGCCUGUGGAUGGUUCCCUUCGCUCUGUUCGUCUCGCUCAGCGCCAACGAUAAUGUACUGCCCACCACGGUCAGCGGCAACGACCGGCUCAUGGGCAGCAGCAAUCCGGAUGUGGUCAGCAAUUACUUUUCGCGUAAUAAGAAGGUCGGACUGCUGUCGCUCUUCAACUAUAUUAAGGAGACGUUGCUGCCGGGUCGCAGCAAGAAAUCGUUUUAGCUAGGAAAACUAAAGACUUGAUAAUCAAUUGUGUAAAGGAUAUCGGGCGUAAUCCCUAGUUAUUUAUUUAGUGUACAUGCGCUGUAACAGUUCAGUAGUAUUAAUAUGAAUAUUUUGAAUGGA